CAAGCAAACUGUCGGUCCUGUCGACACUGUUUUUCCACUGUCCAGUUCAGGUGUUCACCUGUCUGCGUUCACAUUGGAUCCUUCUAGUAUGACGCGUCUUUCCAGAAUUGCUGCGGUCGUAGUUUUGGCGGCAGCUGUGCUGUAUGUACCACUACGCAGGUGGGCAGCUGGAGGGGUGUGUGAGAGUGAGGGUAGGAUGGACGGCAAGACGGUCAUCAUCACGGGAGCGAACACGGGCAUCGGCAAGGCUACAGCCAGGGACAUGGCAGAGAGAGGUGCCCGCGUCAUUCUCGCCUGCAGGAGUCUGGAGAAAGCCGAGGAGGCUGCUAAAGAAAUCCGCAGUCAGACGGGAAACAAGAAUGUCGUCGUGCACAAACUUGACCUGGCAUCCCUGACGUCAGUGAGACAGUUCGUAAAAGUGAUCAAUGAUGCCAAGCCAAGAUUGGAUGUCCUGAUUAACAAUGCAGGUGUGAUGGCCUGCCCCAGAUGGGAGACAGAGGACGGGUUUGAGAUGCAGUUUGGAGUGAACCACCUGGGCCACUUCCUCCUCACCAACCUCCUCCUGGACCUGCUGAAGAAGUCUGCUCCCAGCAGGGUGGUCACGGUGUCCUCCUUAGGACAUACUUUUACCAGUGGCAUCGACUUUGACGACAUCAACUAUGAAAAGGACUAUAGUUCAAGGGAAUCCUACCGCAGAAGCAAGCUGGCUAAUGUACUGUUCUCCAGGGAACUUGCCAGGAGGCUAGAAGGUAAACUAGAGUUCCACGACCUCACCACUUCACUUCACUUCCUACAUAUGUUCUGGGGUCACAUCACCACGGAACUGAACCGACAUCGAGAGGACUUCAUACGUGGAGUAGUUGGCGAACAACUUUCCAAGGUGGCCGUUAAGAUCAUGGAAGGAUUUGUUGGUAUGAUUGGAAAGAGCUGGGAGGAGGGAGCCCAGACCACUAUCUGUUGUGCAGUAGCUGAGGAAUGGCAGAACACAACUGGUCUGUACUUCAGUGAUUGCGUGCCCAAGGAGACAUCAGCAGCAGGCAUGGAUGACGAGGCAGCUGCCAGACUCUGGGACAUCAGUGAGAGGAUGGUCGGACUCAAGUCAUGAUGUCAUAUACAGAUCAUGUCAUAGGAUGCAAAAUUUAAACCCUGCUUCUAGAUAUUUUGAUAGACAUUUAAAGAGUCCUAAACUCCAGAAGAGAAUGUUAUUUUCUAAUAGAUUAUGUACCAGUGAAUACACAAUCAGCCAACUUUUUUUUGUUGCUGAAUUUCACUUGUGGUGAGACACGCAACGUGUGUUUGUACAACAAUGUGACACUCACUAAACCCAUGCAGACCCUACCCAUGUAUUUUCUAUGCGUACAGACACUUCCUUCAUCAUGCAUAUUUUCGGCAUAAAUCGGGCGAUAUUCACACCAAGAAGGCCAAUUGUUUGCAAAAUAUGUACGCAUAGCAAGACUUGUACGCUAACUUUUGCCAGGCCUUAUCAGACACAUUGUAUUCAGCUAUAGGCUGGCAUUACAAAUUUAAUUCAAGAGUAAUUGGGGGGUUAGUAGAAUACUAAAUGCAUUUCGAUUCACUUGGCACUAGUGGGUACUUUAUCACAUGAUGUGAAAUAGCAUGUAUUUUAGUUCUUAAAAUUACUAUCGAUUGGAAAAUAACACUCUUUCCUGAAGUUUAGGACUCAAAUUAUGAUUUAAAAUCUCAAAUGAUGUGACUACAGUGUAUGUUACAGAGCUAUGCAAUUCUGCUUAUUUGUGUGUGCAAUACAAGUUCCAGUCAUGCUAGGGUGAAUUUUACCUUUGAGAGUUGAGACUGUGUAAAGUACACUUGUACUAAAUUUAGUACUAUAUAGAAUGUGUGUCUGUUUGUGUGCUUGUACAUACUUGUGUGGUAACUAUUAAGUUAUACAACAAGUGAAUUUUCAAUGUAGUUUGUUGCCUUCUGAAAUAUUCUAAGACUUUUAUUAUGAUAUGGGUACUUCAAUUAGGCAGCUCGAACAUGUUACGGCUGUGUGCAAUGUGGUACAGGUGGAAGCAUUCAGGUUCCAAUCAUCAGUGCUCCUUCACUAUUUUCCUUGCAUGAUAUGAUAAAACUGUUCUACCCACCCAA